GUUCACGUAUAAGGAGCGCUGAGUGACCGGAACUAUGGCUCCUCCGCUGGAGACAGUGAUGUAAUGCUUCAUCUUCAUCUCCAGCUCAAGACAUUAAUCUUCCUGGAGGCUUUUUUAAACGAGCAGCAGGGCUCUGAGGAUUGGUGUUGAAUGUGAACGGCUGGAGCUUCAGUUGGGAAUGUCGUGGGUUUGGAAGUGUUUCCCGGCACUGAUUGUCCUGGUGUUUUCACACGCAGCCGAGGACGAUGAUGUUCGAGCAGGCUGCAGCACUGCAGUUAAUGAUCUGGUCUACAUCAUGGACGGCUCCUGGAGCGUCGGCGACGUGGACUUCGAAACCGCCAAACGCUGGCUAAUCAACGUCACCAGCGGCUUCGAUGUGAGCUCGCACUAUUCUCAAGUGGGCGUCAUUCAAUACAGCGACACCCCCAGACUGGAGAUCCCCCUGGGUCAACACAAAACAACCCAACACCUGAUUGAAGCCAUCGAGAGGAUCAGCUAUUUAGGAGGAAACACACAAACCGGACGCGCUAUUAAGUUCGCCGUGGACCACGUUUUCACAUCUUCACGCAGAAACGACGUGAAGAACCGCAUCGCUGUGGUGGUGACGGAUGGAAAGUCUCAGGAUGAUGUUACAGAUGCGAGUUUGGAUGCCCGAGCACAUGGGAUUACGGUGUUCGCGGUGGGCGUGGGCUCAGAAAUCACCAAUUCUGAACUGGUGACCAUCGCCAACACACCAGCGGGAGAUUACGUGCUUUACGCUGAAGAUUACACCAACAUCGAGCGGAUUCGAGAUGCCAUGGAGCAGAAGCUGUGCGAGGAAUCUGUGUGUCCAACACGCAUCCCUGUGGCGUCCCGGGAUGAGAAAGGUUUCGAGCUGAUUCUGGGCAUGAAAAUCCAUCAGAAAGCCAAGAAGAUCCAGGGCUCACUGGUGUCGGAGGCGGCGUAUCUCCUGGACAAGACCACCGACAUCACUGAAAACACAAGGGAUAUCUUUCCUGAAGGUCUUCCUCCGUCGUAUGUGUUUGUGUCGACGCUGCGUCUGAAAGGCUCUUCCAGUACGGAGAGUUUUGACCUGUGGAGGGUGAAGUCUAGAGAUGGACAGAUCCAGGCGGCCGUCACGCUCAGCGGACUGCAGAAAUACAUCAGCUUCACCACCACCAACACCUUUAAUCAGGAGCAGACCGUCGUUUUUGAUGCGCCAGGCGUUGAGGCUGUGUUUGAUGGUAGCUGGCACCAGCUGAAGGUUCUGGUGAAGCCCAGACAGGUGAUCUGUUACCUGGAUGACCAGGAGAUCCAGGAUGAGCCUCUGGAUCCAGUCGUGCCCAUAUUCAUCAAUGGGAAAACACAGAUCUCCAAACGCUCUGGAUCUGAUGCUUCAGUUCCUACGGAGAUUCAGAAACUGAGGCUUUACUGUGACCCACAACAAAGCGAGCGAGAGACGGCGUGUGAAAUCUACUCUGUGGAUGAUGAACGGUGUCCUCUAGACCGCGAGCCCACCUUUGAAGAAGAAUGUGAUUGUGAUGAAACCCAGCCGGGACCUCCAGGACCCCCGGGACCUCCAGGAGCACGGGGUUUUCGAGGAGAGAAAGGAAGGGAAGGACCCCCGGGCCCAGAUGGUAAGCCUGGACCCCCGGGGUUGAGAGGAGAGCCAGGUUAUACAGGUCUACCAGGGCCGAAGGGUGACGUGGGUUUAUUGGGUCCGAGAGGCGAUCCAGGACUGCAGGGUUUCAAAGGCGAGCAGGGAGAUCAAGGGUUGCCGGGGAGACCAGGACCGCCGGGGCCGAUGGGAGCAUCAAAGCCAAGCAUUGGUAUAGCCGGAUUACCAGGAGAAAAGGGAGCGCAGGGGGGGAAAGGAGAACAAGGACCCCCUGGAGAGCCUGGUUUAAUGGGGGUCCCGGGCAUCCCAGGGAAUGAAGGAUCUCCAGGACCUGCUGGAGCACAGGGAGAGAAAGGAGAAGAUGGACCCCCCGGUGCUGAUGGACCUCAGGGGCCUCCAGGCAUUCGUGGACUUCCAGGUGAAGCAGGAGCGACCGGAGAACCGGGUGUACGAGGAGCUCCUGGACCGAAAGGCUCUCCGGGACCCAGAGGAGCUCAGGGGGCGCAGGGGCCUUCAGGGACCCCUGGAGCAGACGGAGCCCGUGGCCCCAAGGGCAGUGCAGGAGAGACGGGAGGCGCAGGUGCUCCUGGAGCUGCGGGUCAAAAGGGCCAGCAGGGAGAGUCGGGAUUCCCAGGAGCUCAGGGAGCCACAGGCCUUCCUGGAUUUAAAGGACACAAGGGUGAAAGAGGAGAGUCGGGACCCAGAGGCGCUCAGGGGGAGAAGGGCACUAAAGGUUUCCCUGGAUUGCCGGGAUUUACAGGUGAAUCGGGACCCAGAGGCAUCAAAGGAGAGAGAGGCUCAGCUGGUGACCCUGGAGUCAAGGGUCCGGAUGGGCAGAAGGGAGACAUGGGACACAUCGGUGUGCUCGGACCGCGUGGAUUCCCGGGUCAGGAUGGUUUACCAGGACAACCAGGCAAUCCAGGCUUUCCAGGAAAACCUGGGAAGCCUCCGUCAGACGAGUACUUCAUAAAACUCUGCAGGGACGUUCUGAGAAACCAGCUUCCACAGCUCCUGCAGACCAUGAGCUCUCAGCGCUGUGAACCCUGCGAGACCAUUAAAGGACCCCCGGGACACCCUGGAGCUCCAGGUCCUAAAGGCUCCAUUGGGUCUCCUGGGUAUCCCGGCAGACAUGGCGCUCAGGGCUACCCCGGGCCUCCAGGAGUGCAGGGGCCACCAGGAGACAAAGGGGACACAGGCAUACAGGGAUUCAAGGGCAAAAAAGGAGAGAGCAGACCAGGAUACCCAGGACCUCCUGGAGACACGGGGAUCCAGGGUCCUCGCGGCAGUGAUGGCAUUGGUUUUCCGGGUCCUCCGGGAGUACCGGGUAAAUCUGGGUCUCCGGGCAUCCCAGGAAAGCAGGGUCCUCCAGGGCAGGCCGGUGUGUGUGACAUGUCCAUCUGCUACCAAUCCUAUAACCUCAGGGAGGAACGCUACAGUAAAGGGCCAGAUUUCUAACACACACACAAAGACAUGGGCUCAGUGUUUGGACUGCCAGAAGCCCGAUAGAAAAUCCAGAAGAAUUCUUUGACAUGAUUUGGACAUUGUCUGAGCAUUGCUAUAGUACAAUGGAACAUCAGUGGCUCUACUGAGAUAGAAAACAGCCACUGGAUUGACAGUUGAAGACCUGCGUUUCAAUGCAUUUACACUAUUAAUGCUACAAUUACGUGCAUAUGUGGAAUAAGACUGCAGAUGGAUAGUCAUGAGCAAAGUAAUUUACUUUUAUAUUUAUCUACAUUAUAUUUGUCUCCACAAAACUACUUUUGCUCCAUCAUACUGGAUGCAAUAAUAAUGCAUUUGUUAGGUUCUAAUGAUAAUUAAGAACACGUGUCUCUAUUUCUUGAGGGAUAUGCAUCGAGAUUAAAGGGGAGAGCUUUCUGUUUAUGUUUGUGUUGGACAAAAUAUCUUUACAUUUAAUUUCUGUAGUACUUAUCUUGAAGUGUUUUAAUGUUUUUAAGAUGCAAUAGCCAUCAUCAUCAUUGAAUUAUUAACUACCUUAAAUAACUGGCUUUGUUAAUAAUGUUUAUUUCAUAUUAUUUCCAUAUUAGCAUAACUACUCUGUUAUUUAAACGUCUUUACCCCAUUUUGUGUUAUCCCAAUAAUGAAAGAAACAAGUUUAUAUCAAAACUACACUAUUUAUUCCAUGUUGUAUGUGUUCAGGAGCUAUUUUCUCGUUUGGAAAAUGAAAUAUGACAGAUGUAAUUAUUAUGAAUCCACGUAAAUUGGUUAUUCCAUUUUAUUUUCAGUGAUAUGUUUCAUUGCUUUAUGAAUAAAUAACAGUAUUACAAAAUCUGAAAUAGUUAAUAAUAUUAUAACAUGUCGUUUAAUUCAGUCACUAAGUGAUUUGAAACACCAGAGUAUAAUAUUAUUUUCUGUGUUGAUUCUGGGAACUUCAUGAUUGCUGUAAGUCUAAUUUAUCUUUUAUUUUCUAAGAAUAACUUGACCUAAUAAAGCCUUGCUGGUUUCA